ACGAUGGGGUGGCUGCCGCGGUGGCGAAGGGUCGUCGCAGCACCCGCCGGGCCGUCCGGCAUCGAUUCGCCACGGCGGCGGGGUGACGUCAUGGCGCCGUCGAGUAUACGCCACUGAGGCUCCGCAACGUACGCGAGCCCGAGUGCGUGGCGAGAAGGAAAAUUCGGCGAUCUCUCGGCGAAGGAAGGCAGUGUCAUGCCGUGGCCCUGACCUGAGGCUUCCUCUGGCCCGAGCCGACCACCCUGGUGCCGCCGUCGUCGUCUAAUCGCAUUCAGUGCUCUGUGCCUCGAAUUCGCCUCGCAGCGAAUCAACCUCGAAAACGUGCUCUCUUUCUCUCUUUUCGGCGGACAGUCUCGGCCAGAGGAAAAGGGAGAGAGAGAGAGAGAGAAAGAGAGAGAGAGAGAGAGAGAGAGAGAGAGGGAGAGAGAGGGAGAGAGAGGCAGGGAGAGAAAGAGAGAAAGAAAGAAAGAAAGAAAGAGACACGGCGCUUCUCUUCACGCAGAACUGACCGGAGGACUACGAAGCGGGCGCACAUUUUUUCAUUUACAUUGCCGUCGCUUUAACGUCUCUGCUGUGCACCAUGUUACAGUCUCAACUCGAGGACUACCUGCCGUAUUUGGGCGGCGCGGCCGGUGCCCUCAUCGCCACCGGGAUUGCGGCUUACUGGGCUUCCAGACCGACCGCUGAGAGACCGCUGUUUCCGCUCGACGCUCAGGCAAUUUUGUUACCGGGCACCGAACUCAUCCGGGUGUCGAGGUUCUACAAGGAAGCCAAGGAUGGCAAGUUUGUUAGUUUCCUAUACGAGGACACGCGCACGCUCUACGACGGCUUCCGUCGCGGCGCCAACGAGUCCAACAAUGGUCCUUGUCUCGGGUGGAGAGAGGAGCCCAACAAACCCUACCAAUGGCUUCAUUACAACGAGACGCUGCUCAGGGCGAAAAAUUUUGGUUCCGGCCUAGUGUCCUUGGGGCUGUCCCCUGGCCCGCAAACCCUUAUAGGCCUGUACAGUCAGAACUGUCCCGAGUGGAUCCUCACCGAGCAAGCAUGCUACGCGUAUUCCCUCGUGGUGGUGCCGUUGUACGACACCUUGGGCCCGGACGCCUGCGCGUAUAUCAUCAAUCAGGCUGACAUCAACCUGGUGGUGUGCGAAGACGACCAAAAGUGCAAUUUACUCCUCGACAAAGCGCCAAGGUGUUUACGGAAGCUGGUGGUCGUGAAGCAGACGCGGCCGGCGACAAAGCAGCGGGCGAAGAACCGCGGCAUCGAGCUGUACAGGUUCGUUGACAUCGAGCAGUUGGGCGCCCAGAAGAAUCACCCGGAACUGCCGCCGAAGGUGUCAGACCUCUGCACGAUAUGCUACACGUCCGGCACCACCGGCAACCCGAAGGGCGUGAUGCUGACGCAUCAGAACGUCAUGGCGGGCAUAUGCGCGGUGCUGAUGCAGCUGGGCGAUCACAGGGUCACGUCCAAGGACACGAUGAUCAGCUUCCUGCCGUUGGCGCACAUGCUAGAGCGCAGCUGCGAGAACGCCAUGUACAUGGUCGGCGGCUCCGUCGGCUUCUACAGCGGCGACAUCAAGAGGCUCGCCGAGGACAUGAAGGCCCUCGGGCCCACCGUGAUGCCGGCCGUGCCUAGACUGCUAAACCGGAUAUACGACAAGGUGCAAUCCGAGCUGCAGAGCUCGUUCCUGAAGAGGAUGAUCUUCAACAUGGGCAUGCAGGCGAAGGAGACGGAGAUCAAGAAGGGCAUAGUGAGGAGCAACAGCAUUUGGGACAAGAUUGUGUUUAAGAAGAUCCAAAACUCGAUGGGCGGCAAGCUGAGGCUGAUGCUUGUAGGCUCGGCGCCGCUCGCGGGCAACGUCCUCACCUUCACCAGGUGCGCCCUCGGCUGCCUCGUGGUCGAGGGUUACGGUCAGACGGAAUGCUGCGCGCCAAUAACGCUCACUAUUCAGGGUGAUCAUGUGCCGGAACACGUGGGUCCACCGGUGGCCUGUUGCUGCGUCAAGCUCGUCGACGUUCCGGAAAUGCAGUACUUCGCGGCGAAGAACCAGGGCGAGGUGUGCGUCAAGGGCACUAACGUCUUCAUAGGGUAUUACAAGGAUUUCGAGAAGACCCACGAGGUCAUCGACGAGGACGGAUGGCAUCACACGGGGGACAUCGGCAUGUGGCAGCCUAACGGAACGCUGAAAAUAAUCGAUCGAAAGAAGCAUAUCUUCAAGUUGUCGCAAGGGGAGUACAUCGUGCCGGAAAAAAUCGAGAAUAUUUAUAUACGCAGUCAGUACGUGCAACAGAUAUUCGUCCACGGGGAGUCACUGAAAUCUUGUAUUAUAGCAAUAGUGAUACCAGACGUAGAUGUAAUCAAGUGCUGGGCGGUGGAGAACGAUAUCCCCGGUACGUUGAGCGUCUUGUGCGCUAACCCAGAAGUCAAAAAACUAAUUUUGGACGACAUGUUAGCGUGGGGCAAGGAAGCUGGUCUCAAGUCCUUCGAGCAGGUAAAAGACAUUUAUCUCCAUCCAGACCCGUUCUCCGUGCAAAAUGGUCUUUUAACACCAACGCUGAAAACGAAACGGCCUCAACUGAAAGCGUAUUUCAAGCCGCAAAUAGAGGAUCUCUAUCAACAUUUGGACUGACCAGACUGAGCGACCGUUAUCGUUCA